GCGUCGGGGCGGCGGCGUCGGCGGCGUCGCGUGGCCAUGUCUACUUCGGGGACCCUGAGCAAUUACUACGUGGACUCGUUCCUGCUCCACGAGAGCGAAGAGCUGGUGCCGUCCCGCUAUGGUCCCAGCGCCUUGGCGCAGCCCGCCAGGCAGCCGCCGUUGGGGGAGCACCCGGACUUCAGCCCGUGCAGCUUCCAGUCGAAGGCAUCGGUCUUCGGCACUUCCUGGAACCCGGUGCACCCGCCGAGCGCCAACAAUGUGCCCGCCGUCUACCACCCCUAUGUGCACCACCAGGCGCCCGUAGCGGCGGCCCCUGACGGCAGGUACAUGCGUUCCUGGUUGGAGCCUAUGCCAGGCUCUCUGUCCUUCCCGGGUUUACCUUCCAGCAGGCAUUACGGCAUUAAACCUGAACCGCUCUCGGCCAGAAGGGGUGACUGUACCACGUUUGACACUCACACUUUGUCUCUGUCUGACUAUGCUUGUGGUUCUCCUCCAGUUGAUAGGGAUAAGCAGCCCAGCGAAGGUGCGUUCUCGGAAAACAAUGGAGACAGUGAGGCCGGCGGGGACAAACCACCCAUUGAUCCGAACAACCCAGCUGCGAACUGGCUACACGCGAGAUCCACCCGAAAAAAGCGCUGUCCCUACACCAAGCACCAAACACUAGAACUGGAGAAGGAAUUUUUGUUCAAUAUGUAUCUCACCAGGGACCGCAGAUACGAAGUGGCAAGACUCCUCAACCUCACCGAAAGACAAGUCAAAAUAUGGUUUCAAAAUAGGAGGAUGAAAAUGAAGAAAAUUAACAAAGAUCGAGCAAAGGACGAAUGA